CCGUGAGGUUCAUCAAACUAAAAACAUUUAUAGAUCUAUGUAAAACAGCAAAUACAUCCAGAUUCACCUAUUCGACGGUGCCUUUGGUGGGCGAUCGGAUGCGUUGGCCGGGAUGACAUUACCGAGCUGUAUUUUCGGGACUGGGCGCAUCUCAAGAGUGUCUUCACGUCAAGAUGAAGAUCGGCCCCGACGGCCUGAACUUCAGCGAUAUGGAAGCACCACUUCCUAUCAUGGCCCGCGAAACGUCGCUGCCUCUCCGGACGUGAGGCCUGAAUCAUGAGAACGGCCAAUUUCCCAAGGAAGGAAAUAAAGUCGUGGCGACGCUAUGGUUGUCCGGCUCGUCCGAAUCGGGAGGUGAAGCACAACUCGAGCGGUCAUUGUCCCCUAAACUUUUCGCUGCCCUUGAGGCCCAUGCAGCAUCCGAAAUUUGGGGCCUGUCGGUGAACAUCGGCAUACAGCCCGAAGGCAUGGACUUGGCUGCCUACUUUGGCGGCUCGAGCAUGCCAACUUUCCACCUCGUUUACAAGAUCUUGCUCAGGGGUCGCGCUUCAGUGACUGCCGUCCGCAAGGCGCAAAAGGUUUUAUAUGAGAGCACGCAAGAUGAGCUCGACCAGAGCAAGAGCUUUGUUGUAUUUGGGAUCGAAGGGUUGAUAAAUGAUAUCGGGACCAACACCCGUUUCGAUCCUAGGCGCCAGCCAAAAAUGCUAGAUCUUUAGCUAGCUACUAGCUUCUUGCAGAUAGUAACCAAGUGAAGAUUCCACUUGCCUCUCACACGUUGUGGAUCCGUUGCCAAUUACUCCCUCACUUUCCGCGUGAUAGACACACUGAACACGCGCUGUUCCACGCAGCGACCCUAGCUUUCAUGCUUGUUAAUUUACCUAUAUGUGCAAUAUGUUGC